AUGGCGCCUGAGAACGGAUACGGCACUGUGAACAACGGAACAACCGGCACCAGGACUAACCCUCGCGGUGAUGAAGAGCAAGCGUUGCUGGGACGUUCGGCAUCUAAACCGAGUUGGCGCUCAUAUCUGACGGCUACUGUCAACAGAGACUGGGCUGAUCUGAUCUUGUUAUUAUGUUAUUUCGUAACUGGUCUGCUUGACAGCGCCUCCAUUAAUACCUGGGGGUCUUUCGUGUCCAUGCAAACAGGCAACACCGUCUAUAUUGGACUCGGGUUAGCUGCGCCCUCAGAAUCGACCCGAUGGAUUAAGUCUGGGACUUCGUUGAUCUCUUUUUGCGUGGGAUCGUUCGCUUUUAGUCGCUUUCACCGGUAUUUUUUACCUAGUCGACGAUGGGUGCUUUGCGCGUCCUUCCUUCUGCAGAUGACUCUUGUCAUCGCUGCGGCGGGGAUCCUCACCUGGGGUCCUAAAUCGGAUGAUGAGCUAAGCUGGGUUGUCUUGGUGCCCAUUGCUCUUGUUGCUUUUCAGAGCUGUGGGCAGGCUGUCAUUAGCAGGGCACUCAAAUACAACGCAUUGACAAGUGUGGUUUUGACGAGCAUUUACUGCGACUUGUUCUCCGAUGCUGAGUUGUUUACGCGGGAAAAUACAGAGAGAAAUCGCAGAGUGGGUGCACCAGUCUUACUGUUACUUGGCGCUGUGGUUGGCGGUAUAUUGGUUCGUAGCGAAUUUGGUGCUGCUGGCACACUCUGGUUUGCUGCAGUACUCAAGUUGCUGGUGGCAGUGACGUGGUUUUUCUGGCGCGCAGCCGAGUAG